AUGCUUCAACCUCGAUUGGCCUUGACGGGCCUUCGCCUUCCGUUCAGAUGCCUGCCUUCGGUGUCUUCUAGGUCCUACUCAAGUGUCGUGCACGAAAAAGAGACUCCCCCGACGGAGUCUUCGACGUCAACUUUCGACCCAAGCAUUGCUUUUGCUCCCCCUCCUACGCGAGAUGAUGCAGGCGUUCUCAUUCGAUCUUAUAAGCCCCGGACUCCCGGUAUUCGGCAUUUGCGGAGGCCGAUCAACGAUCACCUCUGGAAAGGACGGCCAGUACAGAAGUUGACGUUUCCCAAGCGAGGACAAAGUAAGGGUGGUCGUAACAACACUGGCCGAGUAACCAUCCGCCAUCGUGGUGGUGGCCACAAACGCCGUAUUCGAAUCGUCGAUUUUGCACGAACCGCUCCUGGUCCUCAUUUGGUGGAACGAAUCGAACAUGACCCUGGCCGAAGCGCUCACAUCGCGUUGGUCCGCAGUCAAGAAACCCAGCGCCUGAGCUACAUUCUGGCCGCGGAAGGAAUGAGAGCUGGUGAUGUUGUUCAGAGUUAUAUGUCCGGUAUCCCUGAAGACCUGUGGAAAAGUAUGGGAGGUGUCGUGGAUCCUGGUGUGCUCGCCGCAAGGACUGCUUGGAGAGGAAACUGCUUGCCAUUACACAUGAUUCCCGUUGGUACAUUGAUAUUCAAUGUCGGCUUGCGGCCGAACAAGGGUGGCCAGCUCUGCCGUAGCGCCGGUACUUUUGCAACCGUCAUUGCGAAGGGCAGCAAUACUCAGGCUGCACAGAACGAGCAGGCUCAAGAAGAUGGUGCCGAGAAGAAGCCCUUGUCCCAGCGCGAGCAGCAGAAGCAGGAACGUGUUGCGCAGCAUAUCACCAUUCGUCUUCAAAGUGGUGAAGUUCGCUUGAUUCAUAAGGAUUGCUGCGCGACCGUCGGCGUGGCCAGCAACCCGAACUACCAGUACAGCCAGCUCGGAAAGGCUGGCCGAUCGCGCUGGCUGAACAUUCGUCCUACUGUCCGUGGUCUUGCCAUGAACGCCAUGGACCAUCCCCAUGGUGGUGGACGAGGAAAGUCCAAGGGUAACGUUGAUCCGAAGAGUCCUUGGGGUCUUCCGAUUCAAUAUGGAAUAUGGAAAGAGGUUUCUGUUUUAGUAAAUUGA